AGUGUUUGCUUGAGAUUAGUAAGUCACUUCACCAACAUGUCAGCUGCUUCAGUUGUUGCAGGUUUACGGAAAUCAUUCCGAGAAGGAAUAACUAAAUCGUAUGAAUGGCGUCGCAGUCAACUACUAGCUUUGCUAAAACUGAUUGAUGACAACUUCUCUGAUAUAGCAGCUGCCCUAAAAGAUGAUUUGAAUAAGUCAGAGUUCGAGAGUCAGUUGAUGGAAGUGGAUAUUACCAGAAACGAAGUCGUCAACCACCUGAAUAACCUAUCUGAAUGGAUGAAACCGACCUAUGUCAAGAAAACUUUAAUAAACAGUUUGGAUACUUGCAUGAUAAAACCUGAACCGUUAGGGGUAUCUCUCGUCUUGGGCGCCUGGAACUACCCUUUUCACCUCGCUAUAAUGCCAGUGAUAGGGGCCAUCUCAGCUGGAAACUGUGUCAUCCUCAAACCCUCAGAAAUAUCAGAGUGUACCUCGAACCUGAUAAGUAAGUUGAUGCCUAAUUAUUUGGACGAUCGGUGCUUGAAAGUGAUGUUGGGCGGUAUCCCAGAAACAACGGAGCUACUCAAAGAACGUUUUGAUUACAUUUUCUAUACAGGUAGCACUUCAGUCGGUAAGAUCAUCAUGACUGCUGCCGCCAAACAUUUAACCCCUGUCACUCUGGAAUUAGGUGGUAAGAGCCCUGUUUAUGUUGAUAAAACCAGUGACUUACCUACUGUUGCCAAUCGAAUCAUGUGGGGCAAAUGUGCGAAUUCUGGACAAACCUGUAUUGCUCCUGACUUCGUAUUAUGUUCUCCUGAUUUGCAGCAAAAACUUGUGGAAGCACUGAAAAAUAGUGUAACGAAGUUUUUUGGCACCGAUGUUUCUAAAUCAGAGUAUUACUGUCGCAUUAUUAACAACCAACACUUUCUUCGUAUAAAAAAACUACUUGAGGGCCAAAAACCUGCCUUUGGGGGCGAUAUGAACGAAGCGGAUAAAUUCAUAGCACCAACAGUUUUGACGGACGUAAAACCCACUGACCAGGUUAUGGAGGGCGAAAUAUUCGGUCCCGUUUUACCCAUUCUACCCAUGGAAAACGUUCAGGCAGCCAUCGAUUAUAUAAACAGCAGACCAAAACCACUUGCUCUCUAUGUAUUUUCUAAUGAUAGCAAAGUGGUGAACAAAUUCCUUUCGGAAACUUCAAGUGGUGGCGUUUGUGUUAACGAUACCUUGAUGCAGAUAUCCAUGGAGACCCUACCAUUUGGUGGCGUGGGUGAAAGUGGUAUGGGUGCCUACCAUGGCAAACACUCAUUCGAUACGUUCUCUCACAUGAAAUCAAUCAUGUGGAAAUCUCAAGCCUUAGAAUCCGUUAACGACCUCCGUUAUCCUCCGUAUACCGAGAAAAACAUGACCUGGCUGAGAAGACUAUCAAGGAAAUCUGUUAAAAGUAAGUCUUGGCUGCCGUUCUCUCUACUUGGAUUGGUGCUAUUUAGUGCUGUUAUGCUUAUUAUGACGAAUAAGGACCACAUUAUAACCAAAUUCCAAUAAUAUACCAAAAAAGAAAUCCCAUGGAAUUUUAUUUUCUGUUUAGGAAAUUAUUACUGCAAUACUACCUAUCUCCCAAUUAAUUUAGUAACACUGGCUCAGGCAAUAGCAAUGUAUUUACAUUUUUCAUCUAAACUAGAUGGGGAAAUAGAAUAUUCAGACUUUUAGUUUGUUUAUGUAGUUUCUUGUAAUGGAUAAGUGAGGCGAGCAGAUGAUUCUGGAGAGAAAGACGAUUCAUUAAAUAGCAAGUAGCUAACUUUCUCAACUUUUUUUUCUUCUGUAUUUUAUUAAUUUCUGAAGUUUUCUUUCAUAAUUAAUGUUUUGCGAAAGGCAUGUCUCAUAUAAGUAUAAGCAUAAGCUUUCAUACAAAUACAUCCAUGCAGCGAUACAUACAUAUGUAUGUUAUUUCAACUUUAAUUAAAGACACACAAACCAGCGAUGGUUUAAAUAAAGCUGUGUACAUUUAUAUUGAACUUC